AUGACGUCCCAGGACGUGCGUUCCAUCCUCGAUCUGCCUUCGGCGGGCUCGGCGCCUGGACCCUCAUCCGUGCCCCGAAAGGCAACAGUACCCCGCAAGCCCGACGGCAUUAGUCGCGAGCUGUAUGCGCUGAUCGGGAACAACGCGCCGUCACUCGCCGAGGCCCAGGCAUCUAUCGCUGCAGUCAAGUAUCGCGACCGGCCAAAGCUCAAAGCCAAGAAGGUCAAGUGGGAAUGGAGCGAGUUUACUCCCAUGGCCCGCGAGGGAGAACCUGGCGCCCCGCGCCUCGGGCACUGGGUGCGCGUGACGGACGAGGACCCACACGCGCGCAUCGAGCAUUUUGGCGGCUUCAACCUUCACGGUCCCAGUGUUAUGGAGUACAGCCAGUACGAGUACGAUCAACAUCUCGUCGACCCUGGAUGGUCAGCACACGAGACGACAUACCUCUUCGACCUCCUGCGAGAGUUCGAUCUGCGUUUCGUCGUCGCGGCGGACCGGUACGCGUACACUGGCCUCAGGGGAGGUGAGGCGCCGAAGAAGCGCUCGAUUGAGGAGAUGAAGGACCGGUACUACACCAUUUGUCGCCGGCUCGUUCGCACACGUACAGCCUCCGAUCCUGCCGUCCAACAGCAGCUCAUAACGCAGUACACGUUCGACAAGGCCCGUGAGACAAAGCGCAAGCAGUACGCGUCCGAGCUGUUCCACCUGACGGCGGCCGAGAUCGCAGAGGAGGAGGCACUCUACCUCGAGGUGAAGCGGUUGGAACAGAACGAGCGCCGUUACCGCGCGGACCGGGACGCGCUCAUGCGCUCGGUGAUUGGGCUGGACAGUGGUCUCGUUCCCCUGGACCAGAAGAACGCCGAGGGCGUGCAUGCAGUACCAAACAAGAAGAAGCGCCGGCCCGAGGACGAGAGCGGUGUGCCCUCGCCGGCACCGCCGACCAAGAAGCAGAAGGAUCAGGCGGCCUUUGACGCCGCCAACUGCAUAUACCGCGUGCCGACCGCCACGCCCGCGGCCAACUCGUCCCACCUCUCAACCAAGCAUCCUGCCCACGUCCCCGCGUAUCUGCGGAGCACGAAGAUGCCCCUCCCCAAGCCCAAUACGGCCAUCCGCGUAUCCGAGCUCCUGGCUGAGAUGGGCGUCAGCACUGCACGGCUUGUCAUGCCGACCCGCACCAAUCUCGAGGCAUACGAUGGUGUGCUGCAAGCCGCUGCGAGUCUCGUGGACAUGAAGCGGCAAGUCGAUCGGGUCGAGCAGGAGAUCCGCACGCUCAAGGCCCAGCGCGACGGUGGAUACAUACCCCCUGUCGAUUUGAGCCGGAAGCGCUCCGAGUCGGUGCUGAGCACGGAUACGUCGGCGACGAACCGACGGAGUCGUGCUCUGUAG